CCGGCGCGGUAAAUCCCAUCGUCCCGGAUGCGACGUCAGAUACGGUGCCUUCGCGGUCUGAAGAUCGAUCAGCGGUCAGUCACCUUCUCACAUGGAUGCCCGACACCAUUCGGAUACGGCAAGAGAAAGUGCUCCGUCUGGAACGCCCAGUAGUCGUUCCUCAACUCGACGUUCCACCAAUCGCAGAAAGCGUGCCUUUCCAGCGCUGCUAUGCCGACGUCCUUGCUGGGUACAACGUGCCCAUGACCGAAUUCGUUUCCUUCCUUGACGGACUCGCAAUCGCCCAGGCACCCAACUCCGCUCUACAAGGACUCAAAGUCGUCGGAGGAGGCUUGACUAAACUGCCUCUUCCGCUGCUGGGUAAAGGGUUGGGCCAUGGGAUCAACGCCCUCGCAGGAUCUGGCGCUGGUUUCGAUAGCGCACGCGCACGCCUCUAUCUCACGAAAGCGAACAAGGAGUACUUCGCACCUCGCAAUUUGCGUCUCAGCAUUGUGAAAGACGAGGAACUCCACACCCGCGUCCUGGGCCUUGCACCUGGUACUCCUCGUUUGGCGCCCUUAAUGAAAGAAACGCUGACUAUAAGUGUCUGCGACCGACGCUUCGCGGCAAUCAAACCGCAUGUGGCGGAUUUGAGGUACAACGUCCCGAGCGAAUCCAGAGACAUUAAGACAGUGGACGUACUGGCAAAAAAGCAUUUGGCAAGUCGCAUGAGCAGAUCAUCCAAAGACUUGGCGAAAAUGAGGGAGGACCAGUGGAGGGGUAGAGGGUUUGAAGGAGCCAUGGAGGAAGUCAAGAUGGCUUCGCGGUUAAGGUGGCUGGUUAUUGAAGAUAUGAGGCCGCCAUGAGAUGAAAGAUGCAUCGCUGCCGAGCGAAGUGACACACAUCGGUACGCACGAUUUGACGGGCCAGGCUUCUGAAUAUAUCCUUA